GUGGAUAUUCUGGUUUGGAUUGGGUGCAGGAGACACUAGCCCGAGAUACCCAAUGCUACAACAUGUUUAGGGUUGAGAGACCUUUGUUUAACAGGCUACAUAAUACUUUGGUGCAAUCAUAUGGGUUGAAGUCCAGUAGAAAAAUGACAUCUGUAGAGGCUCUAGCUAUGUUUUUAUGGAUUGUUGGAUCACCACAGUCAGUUAGACAGGCUGAGAACCGUUUUAGGAGGUCUAUGGAGACAGUAAGUAGGACAUUUAACAGAGUUUUGGCAUGCCUCCUUAGGUUAGCACAGGACAUAAUUGUACCCAAGGACCCAACAUUUGCAGAGGUGCACCCAAACUUAGAAAAUCCAGCAUUCUGGCCACACUUCAAUGACUGCAUAGGAGCUAUAGAUGGGACACAUGUGAAGGUUGUGGUGGAUAAGAGUAAGAGGGUUCAAUACUUGAACAGGCACAAUGAAACCAGUCAGAAUGUGCUUGCUGUUUGUGAUUUCGACAUGAGAUUUACAUUUGUGAUGUCGGGAUGGCCUGAUUCAGCACACGACAUGAGAGUUUUCAAAGAUGCCAUAACUACUCAUCGUCACAAAUUUCCACAUCCACCACCAGGAAAGUAUUAUGUGGUUGAUGCGGGGUACCCAAACCGUCCGGGCUACCUUUCACCAUACAGAUGUACAAGGUACCAUGUGGAGCAAUGGCAAAACGGCCCGCUGCCACAAGGUAUGAAAGAAACCUUCAACCAUGCACAUGCCAAAGUUAGGAAUGUCGUUGAGCGAUCCUUUGGAGUGUUGAAGAUGAAAUUUAGGAUUUUGUUGAACAUGCCAAAAUUUCCAGAGGACAAGCAAACUAGAAUUAUUGUUGCUUGUAUGGCUCUUCAUAAUUUCAUUCGAGAGAGCAGAAUUCCGGAUAGGGAAUUUGAUGCAUGUGAUGCGGAUGAAAACUAUAAUCCAAUGCCUAGUUCUGCUGCAUCUGCAUGGCCAGAAGACGAACCUCUUGUUGAAGAUACCAACAUGAAUGACUUCCGUGAAGAGUUAGCUCAUGCUCUGUUUCAUGGAAUGUGA